AUUCGGGUCUCCUGGGAGAGUCGGAGGCAAAGUGUGGGGGAACCACACAGAGUCUGCAGAGCUUAGGACUUGGAACCCUUCACGUAGGUGAUCUGUGAAAAACAUCCUGAACCUAAGACACAGCGGAAGUGCCCCACUAUGUCCUGUGUUGUUAUGCCAAUAUUAUGGAAGGCACAGACUGUUAAGGGGUUGUGGAUUCGUAGCCAAGCUCCGGUUAGACUCUUCAGCAAAUGUCGCCCAGUGCUGGCGGCUCAGAAUUUUUCAGACUAUGAAUCCUUACGAGAAUAUAAGCCAGAAGUGCCAGAGUACUUCAACUUCGCAAAAGAUGUGCUGGACAAGUGGGCGGAGGUGGAAAAGGAGGGAAGAGGCCCUUCCAAUCCAGCUCUUUGGUGGGUCGGCGACCAAGGAGAUGAAGUGAAAUGGAGUUUUGAGGAGCUGGCGUCACUAUCCAGGAAAGCUGCCAAUGUGCUUUCUGACCAAUGUGGCCUGCAGCCGGGAGACCGAGUUAUAGUGAUCCUGUCACGGAUACCCGAAUGGUGGCUCUUGAAUGUGGCUUGUAUGCGAACAGGAAUUGUUCUUAUCCCCGGGACGAAUCAGCUGACAGCAAAAGACAUUCUGCACAGACUGCAGGCAUCCCAAGCCAAGUGUAUCGUUACCGAUCAAAAUUUGGCCCCAGCCGUUGACAGCAUGGCUUCCAAGUGCCAGUCUCUCAAGUCCAAGCUAAUCGUGUCAAGGGACCACAGGGAUGGCUGGCUCAAUUUCAGUGACUUGUUGAACCUUGCCCAUACCAACCACAACUGUGUGGCCACCAAGAGCCACGACCCAAUGGCAAUCUAUUUCACCAGUGGCACAACGGGCGCUCCCAAAAUGGCCGAACAUUCCCAUUGCAGCCAUGGAAUUGGAUUGGCUUUCAAUGGAAGGUAUUGGCUUGAUCUGACCCCCACAGACAUGAUUUGGAACACUUCUGACACAGGUUGGGGCAAAUCUGCCUGGAGCAGCAUUUUUGCACCAUGGAGCCAGGGAGCAGGCGUCUUUGUCCACGGCAUGCCCCGUUUUGAGCCAAAGCCUGUCCUCGAAACUUUGUCCAGGUUUCCCAUAACAACUUUCUGUUCUGUGCCGACUGCUUAUCGGAUGCUUAUACACCACAAUUUAAACAGGUACAGCUUCUACAGUUUGAAGCACUGUGUGAGUGCCGGAGAGCCCAUGAACCCUGAAGUCAUGGAGGACUGGAAAAGAGAAACAGGCUUGGAUAUCUACGAAGGCUACGGGCAAACAGAAACAGUACUGAUCUGUGGAACUUUCAAGGGGAUGAAAAUCAAGCCUGGCUCUAUGGGAAAGCCGACUCCUUUAUACGACACUCAGAUAAUAGAUGAAGACGGCAACAUUUUGCCUCCUGGGAAAGAAGGAGAUAUUGCAAUCAGAAUAAAACCUACACGCCCGUUUUGCCUCUUCUCUCAAUAUACGGACAAUCCUGAGAAGACAGCUUCAACCAUACGAGGCAAUUACUAUGUCACCGGAGACAGAGGGAUCCGAGAUGAAGAGGGCUACUUCUGGUUUGUAGGAAGAGCUGAUGACGUCAUUAAUUCCGCUGGGUAUCGAAUUGGGCCAUUUGAAGUGGAAAGCGCCUUGAUAGAACAUCCCGCUGUUGUAGAAUCCGCUGUUGUCAGCAGCCCAGAUUCUCUCAGAGGAGAGGUUGUGAAAGCCUUUGUUGUUUUGGCUCCUGAUUAUGACUCACAUGAUCCUGAAGUGCUAACCAAGCAGCUGCAGGACCAUGUCAAAAAGGCCACUGCCCCAUACAAGUAUCCAAGAAAGGUGGAGUUUGUGUCCCAUUUGCCAAAGACCAUCAGCGGGAAGAUCAAAAGGAACGAAUUGCGCAAGAAGGAGUGGGGGGAAGCUUAGACUCUUUUGUUUACUUCCAAGAGUUUGUGCCGAGAACAGAAAGUUUUAUAUCGUUUCCUCGUGUGUUGGCACCUGAUGCAAGACUCGCAAAUCCACUCCCUCAGAAAGAGAGCUUGAGGGAUUAUAAGAAAGUCAGACUUUGGGUGAGGAUGAGCGGUUGAGCCGCCUCCCCCACUUCACAAGAAAUUCUAAGGACAUCCUACCAGAGGUUAACCAAAGUCAAGUUUAAACUCCUACUUCCAGCUGUUGACUUGCAUAAGAACAUCAUGUAUCCUCUCAAAAACUGCAAACAGAUUUGCUUCCGAAGCUUAACCAUGCUGUGAAUUUGCCACGGGUUUUUGUUCCGUAGCUGAUACUUCAGUAUGCAUCCCAGUUUCCACAUUGCCAGUUCUUAUCCCCACAAGUCUCUUUGCCCAUCUGAGCCCUGUUUCACAUAAGGAGGCGUCCAGCAUAAAAAUCCAACUGCAGCCCAGUUUUGGCUGCAUUUAUAAGCAUGCAGAUAUGUUGACUAGAAAGAUGACACCCCUCCCACCCAACAGUCACACAAUACUUGCACAGCAUUACUAUUACUGCUUUUUCUAGCUGGGUCUAGCAGAUAACUAACACCAAAGCCACAAAAAUAAGAGGGGCUAUAUUGAGCAGAUGGGGGCAUAUUUUGUCAAAAAUUAAAGCCACUUUGGUUUCAGUGUGAGAAUUCAAUGCACAACUUCCCCACUGAAAUCAAUAGAUUUUGAAUGUGUAUCAUAUUGUCGGAAAUGUAGCCUUCCGAUCAUUCAGAAGUUUGAAUGCUUGCAUUCUCUCCCCCCACCAUGACCUAUCUCCAUAUAAUUACAUCUCUGAAAUUACAGCUUACAACAGAUAGGCAUAGUCACCCUCUUUAAUAUUCCAGGUACCACGUAAGUUAAGAGCUACUGAAACUGUGAAGGAAAUGAAAACAUUAAUAGAAAAGUUAUUUUUAUUCACCCGUGAGCCUUAAUACAUGCAGAUUAUAUAAAACGAUUUAACUAUGAAGUUCCAGUUUAAAGAUUUCAGGAAGGAAUCUACGUUGCUUUUUAGUUUGAAAAACACUUGGGAGACGUAAAACCAGAUGCCACUCUUCGUGCCUUAGUUCUGACAAUAUUGUCAAACCCUUUGACAGUGUUGGAUAUACGCCACUGAGCACAGAAGAAAGUUCCGUCACACUAUUUCAUAAGCUAAACAACUGUCACCUAAGUCACCACUGAAGCCAGUUUCCCUAGGCAUUCCCAAAGCAAGUCACCAAAUGCUGCGAGCAUUCGUUCCUUUUAAAAGGCCCAUGCUCCCCCUCCCCAGCUGUUGAAAACUCUUGGAAUUUGCAUGUUAAUUUAGAAUAGGGUUGACAAUGAAGAAACUGAAAUAGUUAAAGAUUUUCUAUUCCUUGGUUCAAUUAUCAACCAAAAGCGAGACUUCAACCAAGGAAUCAGAAGGUGAUUGAGACUUGGAAGAGCAGCCAUGAAGAAACUAAAAAAGAUCCUUAAGCAUGGGGAAGUGUCACUGGAGACCAAGAUAAUCCAUACUAUGGUAUUCCUCAUGACUAUGUAUGAAUGCCAAAGUUAGACAAUGAAGAAAGCUGACAGGAAAAAAAACCCUGAUGGAUUUGCUUUGUGGUGCUGGAGGAGUUUAAUGGACAUCAUGGACAGCCAAAAAGACAAAUAAGUGGGUUCUAGAUCAAAUCAAGCCAGAAUUCUCCCUAGAAGCUAAAAGAACUAUACUGAGACUAUUGUACUCUGGUCACAUCAUGAGAAGACACUGAUCCACUGAAAAAGACAAUAAUGCUAGGAAAAAUGGAAGGAAAAAAAAGAAGAUCCAACAUGAAAUGGAUUGACCCAGUAAAGGGAGCAAUGGCCUUCAAUGUGCAAGAGAACAUUCUGGAGGACAGUCAUUCAAAGGGUCGCUAUAAGUUGGAAGUGACUUGACAGUACAUGACACACAGACAGAUCCUCAAGUUUAACAGCCAGGGCAACCUCUGUUCUAAGCCGCGCAACAGUCCUGAAUGGUGUCGUGAUGAACUCAAUUCAACCAAGUAGUGGUUACUAAGAGAACGUUCCAUUGAUCAAAAGGUUAUUAGCUUUCCUUUGGAAUUCGCCACUUGGUUGAAGAAAAAGCCAACUAAAGGUCAUUUUGUAAAGCACCGUGUUUUUAUUUCAUUCCAUUAAUAAAGGACUAAAAAAGUUUAAAACCAUGA